AUGGCUUCUCACUACGACCACGACACCGAGAAGGGAUAUGACGAGAAGGUCGAAGUCACACACGUCCCGCUCGGCAGGCGGCGCUCGAGUGUGGUCGAGGACUUUCAGCGGUCAGUGAGCCGUAAGGACACCGACCAGGUGGUGCAAGACGACCUCCACCGCCAGUGGCUCGAUGUCGACGAAGGCCUCGACCUCAAGCAAGUUGCCCGCAUCAACCGCAAGAUUGACUGGCGCCUCCUUCCCAUUCUCGGCGCCAUGUACACCAUCUCGCAGAUUGACCGUGGCAACCUCGGUCUCGCCCGUUCCGCCAACAACGGAAUAAUGAACGUCGAGCUCGGACUUACGACUAAAGGUCCCGACGGCAAGCCGAUGCCCAACAACCGCUACUCGAUCAUCACUCUCGCCUUCUUCGUCCCUUACCUCGUCCUUGAGGUUCCUUCUCAGAUUGGUCUUCGCAAGUUUGGUGCCAAGAUUUGGCUCGGUACCGCCGUCCUCUUGUGGGGUGUCGUCAUGGUUGGCAUGGGUCUCGCGCCCAACUGGCAAACGCUCGCCGGUCUCCGUGCUCUCCUCGGUGCCUUUGAGGCCGUCUUGUUCCCCGGUGCCACCUACCUCAUCGCUUGCUGGUACCCACGCAAGCAGAUGGCCUCGCGCAACGCCUGGUUCUACAUUACUUCGAUUAUGAUUGCGGGUCUCUCCUCGGCACUCGCCUACGGCCUCUCGCAAAUGAACGGCAUCGCAGGACGGAGUGGCUGGCGCUGGAUCUUCAUCGUCGAGGGUUGCGUCACCAUUGUCAUUGGUCUCCUCGGUUAUCUUCUCAUCGUCGACUUCCCCGACCGCGCAACUUUCUUGACUGAGGAAGAGCGCGCGAUUGUCCUCCUCCGCAUCGAGCGUGACCGCGCCGACUCGUCCGUCGACCCCAUGACCUGGUCCAAGUUUGUCGAGUACAUGCUCACGCCCAAGCUGUGGCUGUUCUCGUACUUUUUCUGCUCUUCGGCCGUCGGUGUCUACGCUCUCGCCUUCUUCCUUCCAGGUAUUCUCCAGUCGAUGGGCUUUAGCAACAUCCAGGCUCAGCUCCUCUUCGCCCCACCUUACGUCUGGGUCUUCUUCCCCGCCAUGAUCGGUGCCUACACCUCCGACCACCUUGCUGGUCCGACCCGCAUGGUUCGUGGACCUGUUGUCGCCUUCCACGCCCUUUGCGUUGUCGUUGGCAUCACCAUGUUCUCCCAGCUGCCUUCCGGCAUGAUCGCAGCCCGCUACACUGGCGUCUUCCUCACCUGCGGUGGUUGCAACGCCAACAUUGCCAUGAUCAUCUCGUGGUGCCAGACUUCGAUUCGUUCCCAGUCCAAGCGUGGCUUUGCCUCGGCCCUUGUUGUCGCUGGCGGUGCGCUUUCCGGUAUCAUCGUUGCCGUCGCCUUCAAGGACAACGAGCGCGAGCGCGGCUACCCUACCGGCAUCUUCCUCUCCGUUGGCAUGAACGCCCUCGUCGUCAUCGGUGCCCCCAGCCUGUCGUUGUGGAUGCUCUGGAAGAACCGCAAGGCCGACCGCGGCGAUGCCGUCAUCGAGAACGAUGUUAACUUCCACUACCAGCCUUAA